AUGUCGUCUCCUUCACAGCGACUUUCCGCCAUCGCUAGCCAGAUCUCUGGCGGCGGCGAGUCUGUUGGCAGAGAACGAGUGCUGGCAAAAAGCCCGGAUGAUGUUGUCAUCACUCUUGCUGUCCGAACGCCCCUGACUAAAGCCAAAAAGGGGGCGCUGAAAGACACAUCCUUAGACGACCUUUUGAUAUCUCUUCUAACGUCUGUCCGCGAAAAAUCGAGUCUCAACCCCCAUCUCGUUGAAGAUGUCUGCGUUGGCAACGUGCUCAACCCCGGGGCUGCAUAUGUUGCCCGGUCAGCCGUCCUCGCAGCUGGCUUUCCCGAAACAACCGCAGCAUCAAUAGCCAGCCGAUUCUGCUCAUCCGGUCUUCUAGCCGUGCAGCAGAUUGCGAAUCAGAUUAUAGCCGGCUCCAUCGACGUUGGUAUUGCCAUCGGCGCGGAAUCAAUGAGCACAAACCCAGACAGCGGCGCGCCGGCACUCUCUCAGAAGAUCCUGGACCAUCCACUUGCAUCCCAAAACCAGCAACCAAUGGGCCAGACAUCAGAGAACGUGGCCGCUCAAUUCAAGUUGAACCGCAAGCAACUUGAUGAAUUCGCAGCAUGGAGCUUUCAGAAAGCUGAACAGGCGCAAAAAGCGGGUUGGUUCGCAGACGAGAUCGUGCCGGUUAGAACGAGUAUUAAAGAUUCCAAAACGGGCGAAAUCAAAGACGUUGUAGUCGACCGUGACGACGGUAUUCGCUACGGCACGACACCUGAAGGUCUUUCCAAGAUUCGAGCUGCGUUCCCGCAAUGGGAACCCAGCCAUACGACUGGUGGCAAUGCAUCACAGAUCACGGACGGCGCAGCUGCGCUUGUUUUGAUGAAGAGAUCUCGAGCUCAACAGCUUGGCCAGCCCAUUCUAGCCAAGUUUGUGGCUGCUACGGUCACUGGUCUCGAGCCACGAAUUAUGGGCAUUGGCCCGUCGAUUGCUAUCCCAAAAAUACUUUCGAAGACUGGGCUUAGCCAGGAGGAUAUUGAUAUAUUUGAAAUCAAUGAGGCUUUUGCUUCGAUGGGAGUAUACUGCGUGGAUAAACUCAAACUACCGCUUCAGAAAGUCAACCCUCGCGGCGGAGCAAUUGCCUUUGGCCAUCCUCUCGGUGCCACAGGUGCACGACAGGUCGUCACUGCACUAUCGGAAUUGCGAAGAACAGACAAGCGGGUUGCAGUAACGUCGAUGUGUGUAGGGACAGGCAUGGCUAUGGCGGCUGUGUUUGUUUCGGAGCAUUGA